CUUCUUGAUUGAUGUGUUUUUUUGUCUAAGUGUUGAUUCUGCUAUACAUACACAAUGAAGGUCAUCAACAUCCUGGGUUUGGCUGCUUCGGCGGCGGUCGCUUCUGCACUUGCGGCCAACAAUGGCUCUGAUAUUCAGAAGUUGCCGGCUAAGGAUGUGAUUAUUGAUUGUGAUGGCCCCGCCAAAUACGACGGCACAGCAGUAACCGCCGCCGCCGAACAAGCCUGGAGCAUGUGGCUCAAGGGCGAAAAGAAGGGCCACGACGACAACAUCCCCGAAGCGCAGUACCCGCACAACAGCAUCCCGCUGCAGUCCGGCGACCACUUCAAGAACGACUGCGACAACGACGCGGACACCGUGAUCCAGUUCCCGAUUAUUGGGGACGGCGUGUAUGAUGGGAGCCAGGAGCAGGGGAUGGAUCGGGUUGCGUUGAAGGACAUGGGGGAUAAGAGGUCGGCGGUGUUUUGUGGGUUGGUUACUGAGCGGGAUGCGGAUGAGGCAUCGCGUGGUAUUUCGCAGUACCGCAUGUGCUGAAUUGAUUCAUGCUGUCGUCAAAUUGUCAAGUCAAUUCUUGUGGACGAUUGACUAUCCAACCCCGAUUUAUCUCAGAAAUGGUUUUCAUGACAAUGC